GGAGUCGUCGGAAGCGGAAAACCGGCCAUAGUAGAAUAUCUGCGACGACGCUUUGGGCAGUGGAUUGUGAUCGUAUCGAGGUGGUCCAGAAUCCAUAAUUUCUGAGAAGUCUGUUAUACAUUACUGUGGGACGAUAUUCGUUUACACGAUUCGACGUACUGCAUCCUGCUUGUGCUGUGUUAAGAUAUGAACGGAACAAUGGCCAUGGCACCACCUACCAACACUCAACAGCAAACCAACGCUGAGCCACCAGUUAAGAAACUCCGUACUGAAGCGGAGAGACACAGUACAGAGUCUGCGGGCUGAGACUGAGCUGAGACUGAACGAAAGAAAGAAAGAAAGUACCCUUCGUUCGUUGAACAGAAUCCGAGUUUCAAACUCCCUCCGACUACCUACGCAACGUCUAGUGCCGAGUACGCGAUUACUGCCUCGCCUCGGUCCGUCGGAUAUAUUGCGCGCGCAACCUUCAUUGUUCAGCCCUGAGCUCUGUUAGCUGUUAAGUGAAUGAAAAUGAGCACACAAGCGGCAACCGUUGGCCAAAAUGUCAAAGUAAACAAAAGAAAUCUUAGAAGAUACGUUACACGUGUUCUGAUUUCUGUUUCAGAGACUAGCCCUACCAAUUUGGUCACGAAUGAAACCCAACAAUUACAUUUGUCGAUAGGGUGGUUAUAUUAAGUUGGCCCCGCGUUCAGUCAAAUGUUAAAAAAGCACGUACCAUUGAAAAUUGAAUGACAUUGUGCAGGGAUAAGGGACACAACGCAGCUGUUAGCCUAGUAGAAGAAUUUCAUAGAAUUCCACCGCCAUGGGCAUCAUUACAGUUUUCAUACCUCAUUCGCAAAGAAAGUUAGAAGAUCAUCCACAAAACAAAUUCAUGAAAUCAGUUCCAGAGAAUAAUAUUAGCACUCGGUUAAAAGAUAUUAAGAAAUGUCAAUUAUAGACCAUUGAAUUAGUUAGCGUGCAGUUUUAACCGUCAGUUUAAUUUAUUUCAACUGGAAUUUUUGCAAUUUGGUUUUGGAUGGUGCGUGCGAAACGACUAGGGAUUCUGUUCCCUAAUUUGUCGAUAUAAUAUGACACGAUUUAUGUGUAUGUGUAUGCACAUGCAGAAACAUACCUGGAUAUUUAGUACAUAUAUUUACGUGCAUACAUGUCUGUACUGCUACAAACGUCUAAUUUUUGAUCACAUGAAAAAUGCUAUCGCGAUUACUUUGACUGUUUUAAUUUCUUUAAACUUACAGUUUGGCGGAAGGUCCGGGUCGGGGAGCUGCUGUGCACGGCAACGUUCCUUUUACCACCCUGUCUCCUAUAAUAUAGCCAAAAAUUGUUCAGUGUACUUUCAGACAUGAUUCGUCCAUUCAAUUUAUAUACAAAUCUGGCUCACAUCAGUAUUCAUUGCCACUCAAAAUUGUUGAAUGUUACGGUCAAUAACAAUUUUCAACAAAGAUCUGUUUUCUUUCUUUGUAGUUUUUUCUUACUGAAUUUAAAUUCAAGUAUCUAACAGCAACGUGCCGUAUUCUUGGUCCAUGUUUAAUACAAAAAAUAAUAAAUCAAGAUGUUUAUCGGUCAUCUUGUCUUGAACUUAUACCAACCAAACGAUAGGAUUGGCAAUAUAUCUCCAUGAUUCCCAAAUAUUUCUGAAAAAGCCGACUAUCGAUAAUGCUUCUACCUUCAUGAAAAUAAUUAUUCAUUGCUCAAUUUUAUUACGAAUGGUACCAGUGAAUCACAUUAUAUGAUGGUAGAAGUAGUAAAGGUGGUCCUGCAUUAAUUGAAAACACUCUCUAAUCUGUUAUUCUUUUAUAGGAAAUCCAUCCGACUUCUUGCCAGGGCCUAUAUAUGAUCUGAAUCAGACCGGUCAAGUCGUUGCCGGUCCUGGGGCAAAGUACCUGAGCCUACCAGGUAUUUUGGGAGCUGGCUUGCCCAAGAUUACAUCAGAACAGCAAGAUGCGGUGAACAGAGCAAAAAAGUAUGCAAUGGAGCAGAGCAUCAAGAUGGUCCUGAUGAAGCAGACUUUAGCUCACCAGCAACAGGUGAGACUGCAAAAAGUUUAUGGCUCGGCAAUCGGUUCGAUACCUAAAGAGCAAAUGGCUAGUCAGCGGAAUCAGGUGCAGAGACAGCAGGCUCUCGCCCUCAUGUGCAGGGUCUACGUUGGAAGCAUAAGCUUCGAGUUGAAGGAGGACACCAUUCGUCAAGCUUUUCUUCCAUUUGGCCCCAUAAAAUCAAUAAAUAUGUCAUGGGAUCCUGUAACGCAGAAGCACAAAGGCUUUGCGUUUGUUGAAUACGAGAUUCCAGAGGCAGCCCAACUUGCAUUAGAACAAAUGAACGGUGUCAUGAUUGGAGGCCGUAAUAUCAAGGUAGUGGGACGCCCUUCAAACAUGCCGCAGGCUCAGUCCGUCAUAGAUGAGAUAACUGAGGAAAGUAAACACUACAACAGAAUCUACAUAGCGUCAAUUCAUCAAGAUUUGACCGAAGAUGACAUAAAAUCAGUGUUUGAAGCUUUCGGGCCGAUCACUUACUGCAAACUUGCGCAAGGUAGUUCACCCCACAGACACAAAGGAUACGGCUUCAUUGAGUAUGAGACGAUGCAGUCAGCCUUGGAAGCGAUAGCGUCUAUGAACCUUUUUGAUCUUGGUGGUCAGUACUUGAGGGUUGGCAGAGCCAUAACACCACCAAAUGCACUGAUGGGACCUCCGAGCGGUACAAGUAUGAUGCCUACGGCUGCUGCAGUAGCUGCAGCUGCUGCUACGGCCAAAAUACAAGCCAUGGAUGCAGUAGCGAGUAAUGCUGUUGCUUUGGGUCUUACAAAAUUGGGCACAAACACCCCACCCAUAAUAAACCAAGCCCUACCUGGAAUAGUAAGACCUGCAAUAGCGACCACAACUAUCAUGGCACCUCCUACCAUUGCCAGUGCCGUGGUUCCGGCUGUCAUUCCACCACCCGGAAUUGCUAUUCCACAAACACUAACACGUCCACCAGCCAUAAUUCAACCUAUUCCUGGUCAACCUACCGUUGUCAUCCCACCACCAGCAGUUAUCGCGCCAACUUCUGUGGGGGCUCCACUUGUUCCAGUGACAACUGCUGCCAGCGUGGAUGUCGUCAGGAGGGCUCAAGAACAGGCAGCACACCAGAAACAGCAAGAAGAAUUGCAGAAGAAACUCUUGGAAGAAACUGAGCCGCAAACACUUCAACAGCAGGAGAACAUGUCGAUCAAGGGGCAGAGUGCUAGGCAUCUUGUAAUGCAAAAGCUUAUGCGUAAAGUGGAAUCAAGAGUUGUUAUUUUAAGAAAUAUGGUCGCACCUGAGGAUGUAGAUGAGAGUUUGCAGGAAGAGAUCCAAGAUGAAUGCUCGAAAUUUGGCGUUGUUGAAAGAGUAAUCAUAUAUAACGAAAGACAAUCAGAAGACGAGGAAGAUGUCGAGAUUAUUGUCAAAAUAUUUGUCGAAUUUUCACAAAUGAGUGAAGCUGAAAGAGCCCGUGAUUCACUGAAUGGUCGGUAUUUUGGCGGUCGACUGGUUAAAGGAGAGCUUUAUGACCAGGCCUUAUUUGACAACCAUGAUUUCUCUGGUUGACAUGCACAAUGGUGCUUGCUUUUGUCACCUGCAUUGUAAAUUAUCAGACCGAUACCUCCUGCCGCAGAAGAAGCUGAACAA